GGCUUCUUCAGCAGCGGAGCAGGCGGCCGAGCAAGAGCUAGGCAGCGACAGCAGGAGCGACUCUGGGUACCACUCCCAUACAAACAGAGACCCUCAGGGACCACAGUCUUGAUUUGGGGAACUCCUUCCUGUGGCCUCAUAGCUGCUCACUCCGUUGGUCUGUCCCUUCAGCCUGGAUUGGUGACACACAGCCACUGGAGAUACUUCCAGGUUUGCUGGCAUGGGAAACUUGCUCAAAGUCCUGACCCGGGAAAUUGAGAAUUAUCCACACUUUUUCCUGGAUUUCGAAAAUGCCCAGCCUACAGAAGGAGAGCGAGAGAUAUGGAACCAGAUCAGUGCUGUCCUCCAAGAUUCUGAGAGCAUCCUGUCAGACCUGCAGGCUUACAAAGGCGCAGGACCAGAGAUCCGAGAUGCAAUUCAAAAUCCCAAUGACAUUCAACUUCAGGAGAAGGCUUGGAAUGCAGUCUGUCCUCUGGUCGUGAGGCUGAAGAGAUUUUAUGAAUUUUCCAUCCGGCUUGAAAAAGCACUUCAGAGUUUGUUGGAAUCUCUGACCUGUCCGCCCUAUACACCAACCCAACAUCUGGAACGGGAGCAAGCCCUGGCAAAGGAAUUUGCAGAAAUCUUACAUUUUACCCUUCGAUUCGAUGAGCUGAAGAUGAGGAACCCAGCUAUUCAGAAUGACUUUAGUUACUACAGAAGAACAAUAAGUCGCAACCGAAUCAACAACAUGCAUCUAGACAUUGAGAAUGAAGUUAAUAAUGAGAUGGCCAACCGAAUGUCCCUCUUCUAUGCAGAAGCCACGCCGAUGCUGAAGACUCUUAGCAAUGCCACCAUGCACUUUGUCUCAGAAAAUAAAACCCUGCCAAUAGAGAACACCACAGACUGCCUCAGUACGAUGACAAGCGUCUGUAAAGUCAUGCUGGAGACACCGGAGUACAGGAGCAGGUUUACAAGUGAGGAGACACUGAUGUUCUGCAUGAGGGUGAUGGUAGGCGUCAUCAUCCUCUAUGACCAUGUUCACCCUGUGGGAGCUUUCUGCAAGACUUCCAAGAUCGAUAUGAAAGGCUGCAUAAAGGUGUUGAAGGAGCAGGCCCCAGACAGUGUGGAAGGGCUGCUGAAUGCUCUCAGGUUCACUACAAAGCACUUGAAUGAUGAAUCAACUUCCAAACAGAUUCGAGCAAUGCUUCAGUAGAGCCCUGCUCGGAGAAGAGGAUCUGUGUGCUGACCUCAGAAGAUGUAUAUGUUUACAUAAUUUAAUACAGAUUGAUGUUAAUACUUGUGUAUUUACAUAACCAUUUCCUUCUUGUCACUGAAAUAUAUGGACCUUAAUUUGUAUCUUAGCUGAUUGAACCCAGCAGAGCAUAAAUUGACUUGAGAGCCUUACCUUUGAUGUCUGACAUGAAACUCCUUUCUCCAAAAGGCCAAAUUUGGAAACAUGGCUGUUGGCUGCUGGAGUCCUGUAAUGAUGCCUGUAACAAUCAGAAAUUCUUAAUAGCUUGUGGUAUUGUUUUAAUUCUAGAUGUAUUAUCUCUCUGGGAGUAUAGUUGAUAGAAACAAAAAAUACUUGAUUUCCUGUGUCGGCUCAGAUACAAGAAACAGACACAUCUGUUACCCCGACAAAGAGGAGAGGGAGAGAGAGAGAGAGAGAGAGAGAGAGGAAUCCAAGAUAAGAAAACUGCAUGAGGAGAGUGGAGCACACGUGUUCUGAGUUCAGCACACCCCUCUCUGCCUUCCGCCUGCAAACCCCACGUGCAGCUUUUCUGUAUGCACGUGUUUUAUUAAUCUGAAUAUUCACCUUCUGUCUCCGAUUGUGUCGCUUUUGUUCCCUUUUAGUUUUUGAAAGAGGAAAAUGGCCUGUGUGUUAAUCAGCUAAUGAGGAGGCAAUGGAAUAGAUAGAGGGUUUCUUGCAGGAGGACUGAGGAAAGUAGCUAUCUUAAGAGUAUUUGAGAGAGAGUUGGCAUUAGGACAGUAAUAUCUGUAUCCCUGUGCCUGCAGGGACAGAUAAAUGGGUCUGGUUGUGAGAUCACAAAUAAGACCACUCACCUCCCCAGGAGUCUGCAGAGUUUUAGGUACUCCACCCCUCCUGAUAAGGAAGCCCCCCCUUCUCUAUCAAAAUGGACUGUUCUUAUCAGAACUGAGAGCAAAAGCACUUUGCUAAUUACUGGAAAACUGGAGGAAUUUUGAGAGAAGAAACCUAUGCUGAUUACCUGAUGUCAACCCCCACCAGUCUGAGUACUCUGGCAAAUUCACUUUUAGUCUCACAUUCCUCAAAUAUAAAAUAUAGAGUCUUGGGGCUGAAGAGAUGGCUUAGUUAUCAAGAGUACUUGUUGCUGUUGUGGAAGACCUGGGUUCGAUUCCUAGCACCUACAUGGUGGCUCACAAAACUCUCCGUUACUCCAGUUCCAGGGCACAUGAUACCCUCUUCUGAUCUCUGUGGACACCAGGCAUGCACAUAGUGGAAUUACAUACAGGCAGGAGAAACACUUAUACACAUAAAAUAAAAUAAAAUAAAAUAAAAUAAAAUAAAAUAAAAUAAAAUAAAAUAAAAUAAAAUAAAAUAAAUAUUUUUAAGAGUCCUGGCAGGCUAGUAGGAGCCACCCAACCAACCUUCCUUGCUGCAUAAAUUCCAGAGUAUUGUUGCACUCAUCAUGAUGAUUAUCAUUAUCACUAGUCCUGCAGUCAUUCUGCUUAUAGGUUAGAGCUGAGUUAGGUUGGAAUCUUGGUAUCUAUUCUGACCUGGAAAGAUACGGGCAUACAAGAUGACUCCUACAUAGGACUAGAUCCCGCGGCAUUACCCACCUAACUCUGUACUCUUUCCUCUUUGCCAUGUGACCUAUUACUAUGUAAGGCAGAGCGUAUGGACCCUUGUAGAGAAAUCCCGAGUCUAGCCUGUGUUAUUGCUUGCAUAUCUUUGAUAGAAGGAGAGAAUUUUCCAGACAACUGAUGAAUGAUAAUCCUGGAAGACAGCUCUAGAAUGAUCAGGAUGUGGCAUCAUUUGGUUUGCAACAUUCCAAGAAAAGUGCUGUGAAAUAUCAACAUUUCCAGACUGGGGUGGCCAUCCAACAUUCCUUUCAGUCCUCCAACAAAGAGGUUAGUGGUUUAUUUCAACAAAGAAACGCAGACAAAUGGGAGAGCCAGUUUCCCAGUUUAUAUGUCAGUGUAGUCAACAGAUCGGGGAAAGGCCUUGUCCCUUCGAGCUUUCCUAAAAGAGUAAGUACAGCCACUUGACUGAUACAGGCAUUCUCAACAGGACAGAAUUAUACCAGAUGGCUUCUGUGACCUUGUCAAGCCUAGGAAUUCCAAAAUUCAGAGAAAGCCAGAAAAUGUAAUCAUGCGGGGGUGAGACAUUCUCCAAUGUUGAGUGUUAGGGAUGGUCUUUUUGGCAACCAUAGGCAAUGAUUAGUUGGGCAACUCUCAAGCCUACAAGAGCAGAGAUGCACAAUAUUUAUAAGCAUUUGUCCAUUUGCCCUUUCCUCAGCAGAGGAGAUUAAGAUUUCAAAGAAGGGACUGUCCAGUUUCUAUUGGGCUCUUAGACACAGACCUGAGCCAUGAACCCAAGCCACGUAUCUACACCAUAGCUGCCUCUCAACUGGCUACAUAAGAAAACAUUAGGAAUUAUCUGUCAGAUUAUAUAUAAAUAGUUGAGGACGUUUGUAACUUUUAGUUAGACUUUCUAUUCAGUGGGACCAAAUGUGUGUAUGGGUGCUGUCAGUCUGCUUCAGUCUAGCCAGUCCAUUGUCUCCAAGAUGAGACUCCACAGGACUCGGAUUUUGAGAAGCCUCAGGUCAUCGGGGAGGGGGGGGGACAGGCUGAGUGUCUGUGAUCACUAACAGGGAAUGGGCCUUGAGUCCACUCCAGAACUGUUGUGGGAGACCAAUUGUCUUAACAGACUGUCCACUGGGCAUCAGGAAUCCUCAAACAAUUUGGUUUUUUUUCUUUCUCUUUUCUCUUUUUCUUUGUUUUUUGUUUGUUUGUUUGUUUUUUUGUUUUGUUUUGUUUUUGUGCUGCAUGCACAUGUAUCCAACACUCAUAGGUAAUUUGGAGGAAAAGUACUAGCGAAAGUGUCAUUGUUAACAAUACUUCAUAAUUGAUGUCUCAUAGUUUUCAAAAAAAAAGUGUUUUAUAUGACUCAGAUAUUUAAUUUGAAGCAAGAAAGAAGGAAAAAAAUGAUGUUUCCCAGAUAUAUUGCUACUUUGGCAUGGUAAUUCCUGUCAUGUUCACCUAGGCUUUCAUAGCAAAAGUUUGGUGGAAAUAGAUAUUUUUACUUGUGAUGACACAAUAGAGCCAGAAUGUUAGAUAACAACUAUGAAGAAGCUGUUGGGUGUCUUUUAAUAUUUAGUUAGUAUGUUCCUCAUCAACAUACACAUAUAUUCUUAGUUAUUACCAUUUUGCCAAACAUGAAUGGCAAGCCUAAGUUUUUGAAACAUCAUCACAAUUAAGUCCAAAUGUCAUACUUCUUCAAGAGCAAGAUAAAGCCUACACAAUCUAGAGAUCCAGUUGCAAUAGAGUUCAGGCUUCUUAUUCAGUCUUAUAGCCUAGGCAUCUCUCAAGUGGUCUAGAUAUUAAUAACUAACACGGGGACUUUAUCUUUGCCAGCCCCAACCUUCAGAACUCCAUUGUCAUAGUACACCUGUAAAGAUGGUUGCACAUUAGAAGGGGCUUUGAAGCAGUUGUAUGUUGUUUGCUGAAGUCAUUGUAUUUUUUUUUUUUUUGCCUGCAUUGCCUCUUUUUGUACAGAACUUUUGAGUGUGAAAUGAAAAUUAAAGUUUGGUACAUACAUAAUUUAAAAUCAUGCUUUUGUAUGAUGCAAGGGUGAAAUGGGUGGUACAGCAUGGAAGUCUGCUCAUCCUGCUGGGAGGAAAUUACGUCAUGCCAGCUGCUCUUCUUUCCUCCCUUCAUGGUUUCUUUCAACAUGGCAAGUAAUUCCCCAAGGGGCCUGCUUUUGGAUUCACUGGUCUCAUAUCCAUUUCAACAAGAACCUUCAUUAUUUUUUUAAGAAAAGAAGAGGAAGAGAAUCAAGACUGGUACUUAGAGAUAUAGCAAAGCUGCUUGCCCAAGGAUGCUAAGAAACUCCAGCAAAUGCUCUUUCACUCCUUUGAAUGCAGUAGCAUUUCAGAAUUUGGCCAAAAUGGGUGGGAGAAAAAAAACUCCUCUGUAUAAAUUCAUUUUUUUCCACACAACAGAAGCAAUAAAAUGGUUCUUUUAAC